GUGACACAAUUACCAAACACAUAACAGAAGGUCCACAGCAAAGUGAAAUACCCUUAUUUGAUUACAGUUAAGGUCGAAAUUACUUCCAAAAACUAUACCCAACUACAAUUACAAUCCCGAAGAUGUCUCUCGCCACACACAAGAUGAACGAGAGGCUGCAGAGAGAGAGAGGAGAGGAGAGAGAGUGCCGUCUCGUCUGGACUAUAAACAUGGAAGAAAUGCUGAUCUAUUUUGUACGUGGGAAUCGCAUGCUAUGGGAUCCUUCGCAUCCCUCUUUCACUAAAUUGGCGAUGAAGAAGAGGAGGGUGGAGGAUAUUGCAGCUCUCUUGAGGCGGGAGGUCGGGCCUGAGGAAGCCUUUGCUGUGACUGCAGAAAACGUCUGGAAGAAGUUCAGAAGCAUGCGAAUAUUCUUCCUGCGAGAAGUGAAGAAGGUUCAUGACUCGAGGAGCAACAUUGGGGAUGAUGGCUACACCUCCUCAUGGGCGCACUACAACAGAAUGCGCUUCUUGCUUCAGUCUCUGAGGCCAAAGGAAAAUCAGGACAGUGAUCACCCCCGCCAUAUCUCGCUAUUAGGCUCUCAUUCAACUAUCAAUAGCAACAACACAGAAAUGAGAGCUUCAUCUCCGCCAGCAAAUAACAGCCCAUCAAGAUACGGAGCUCCACCCCCCCGUCAACCUAAUGGGGUCAGUGAUGGACUUGCAAAAUACGAAGCCCCCUCGGCAUCCCAGCCCAGAGUAACUAGCAGUAAUGGAGCCAAGUACGAAGGUCCCAUAACACCCCAUUCAAAUACACCCAGAGUCUCCACUUCAUCCAAUUCAGUAGCUAGGAGUGACAUUCACUACCAAGGUACUCACAGGAAACGACAGAGAACUGCCAUGCCUACGAGUGAUGCUCUGGAAAAGGUAGUGGAGUCUUUACAGAAUAUAAGGAGAGAUUGUAGUGAUGUGGCAGGAACCUUUGGUAACUUUGUGGCUGCUUCUCUCCGUGGGUUGCCAGAGGAUAAGCAGCACGACGUAAUGUCAUCAAUAACAAGAGUGUUAUCGGAUUCCCACAAAAACUAAAUCUGUCCAUCAUUGCUUUAUAGUGGAUGCAGAAAUUAUUGAUAUAUUCCAAGUUCUUGGAAGUUGGACCAAAGUAGAACUGAUAUUUCAUUUAGUUUUUCUGAUUUUCUUUCUCUCCAUUAUCUAAAAUUUGUGCAAAUUUCCACUUAUUUCUUUAAUGGUUUUAAACUGAUUGAUUAAUCCUGUUUCUGUAUUGAAUUUAUUAAAUUAUUGCACAUGCAGUUUUCAGUUCCAUAUUUAUUUGUAAAGCUUGUAAAAAGUUUAAUUGCUGCAAUCUAAUGAUAAUUUUAUAGAGUAUAUGAUUGUAAUUUAUCUGAGGAAAUAGAUAUAUACCUUUAAGCUUGAAACUAUUAGAAUGUUUUAAUACUGUUGUAUUAAAAGUACACAAAAGUUUGUUAUCUGUCAGUCUUUGUUUUAAAAUUUAUCCCCUUUGAUGGUAUUCUUUAAAGGUUGUGUUAAACUGCUCAGGGGACUUUUUAUAUGAAAUAUGUAUCUAUUGAUAAUUGCUUAAAAUAUGUAUGAAGAAGGGAUAGGUAAGCUUUUCACAAUGUUUUGGCUUUCUCAUUCAGCUCUACUUGUAAGGAGAAUAAAUAUACAUUAUAUA